CAUAUCAAACGAGGGCUUCAAUUCAUCAGCCGUGCUAACAAUAGAACUAAUCAACGAACGCAUAUAGAGAAACCAAUUUAUAUUCAGUGCUAAAUAUGCGGCAGCAAUCAACAAAUGCUGGACGCACAAAAUGAGGCAUAUCAGCGAGCAAAUAGUAUCGCCAACAACAAUGCCACGGGCAACAAUAACAAGGCACACAACAAUGGGAACAACAAUGAGCAUCACUUAAGCAAAUAGAAAAUCAACGCGCAAAAUCAACACGAAAUCAAUACAAAUAGCUGUGAAAUUUACUGUCAACAUUUGUUGCCAUAGCACAGGCGUUGAGCCACAUAUAGAGAAAGUAAUAGGGGAGAGAGAUAUAUAUAGGGACAGAGAGAGGAGAGAGGAAAGAGAAAACAAAAGCGUGAGAAUCGACAAACAAAGGGACUAGGCAAGUAAACUCCAUUUCAAAUGGGCGGCAAGCAUGGAGCCAGCGGUAGUUCCGGAGGCGGCGGUGGAAGUGGAGUUCCCGGAGGCGGUGGCAGCCUUAAUUCGAGCAUCUGCAACUCGGUGCUAACAAAUGCAACCGCAGCGAGCAACAGUCUGAGCCAGCAACAGCAGCAGCUUCAGGCUAAGUACAUCAAGUCUAAGCGCCAUCAGAGUCGAUAUACGAAUCUGCAGAAUUCUGGCCACGACUCCAGCAGCUAUCUGCAUCUGAAUUCGCUCUGGUCAAUCUGGUAUGGCGUACUGCUGACACUCUUUCAAGGAUAUUUGGCUAUGCAUGGCGCCUACAGGUUCCUCGGCUGUUCGCUGAUACCCUGGAAAAUCGAGCCCGUUGGGGAGCUUAAUCUGCAAAUUGUACUCUCCGGUGUAGUAUUUAUUCUGCUGCCCGUAUUCUUUACAUCGGCCGUAUUUAAGGUGGGCAACUUGGCUAACGAUGGCAUCAAAUUGGCAACCAGCGCCAAGGAGCGUCGCUGCACGUUGGCGCCGCACGACGGCCUCGAAGAGGAGGCGCGCGGUGGCACCUUGCGCGCCCUUUGGACCCACGGCGGACCCACGGCAGCCUUUGUGCAUAUCCUCAUUGCGCUGUGCCUGCUGCUGCCCCGACUGCUGCUCGAGGCUCGCAUCAUCGAGAAUGGACUGUUGCCGAAAGAACAAGUUUGGGCAACCGAAUUGGACUUUGUUGUUAUCAAUAGACGCAGUUUGAUGGCCAUGUCGGUGGUGGGACCGACGCCGCCCUAUCAAAAGCAGCAGCAGCAGGAGUCGCAGCCGCAGCGACCGACAAACGUAACUGCGAACAGUUUGGAGCACGACGAGGAGGACUACUACAACGAUACGAUGUUUACGGCAGUGCGCGGCGGCAUCGGAGGCAUCGGAGGCAUCAAUAAUAAUUUGUUCGAGCUGACACGUGAUAAGGAUGGACGUAAUGGCAGAAAGGCGGCCAAGACGACGGCAACAACAACCAAGACAACAAUGCGAGGCGGCGGGGCUGCGGGCAAGACAAGAUACUUUGAAGUGCCCGAUUUAAUUAAUCGAAAUAUUGAUGAGGGCAAUGAGCGACUGUUGGGUACUGACGAUGAUGAUGGUGAUGAUGAUGAUGGUGGCGAUGAUGAUGAUGCCGAUACUGAAGUUGAUGCUGGUGCUGAUGCUGAUGCUGAUGACGAUGCCGAUGCCGAUGAUGGUGAUGACAUUGAAGUGGGCAGAGAUGGGGGCACUAUCAUCAUGCCAGACUUCGGAUCCAGCAGUGAGAAACAUGCAGGAGCCGAUAAUUGGCAAAGGCUGGGCACACUGGAUAAGGCGCGCAGCAAGACUACAACAGCAACGACUAGCACUAGGGCAACAACAACAAGAACAACAACAACGGUAGCUAGCACAACCACAACAACUAAAGCAACGACCACAACCACAACAACAACAACAACAGCACCACCGCCACCACCACCACCAACAACAACAACAGCAGCAGCACAACAUCAGCACAAGCACAGUCGCAAGCACCACAAGCAGCACCACAAGCAGCGACAACAACAACAACAACAGCAACAGCCACGUCGCCAUCAUGUGACGUCGCAUGAGCAGGCGCUGCAGGAGAGCUAUAUGAAGCAGCGGGAGGAGGAGCAGCAGCAGGAGGAGACUACGACGCGGGACAGCAGCAUUCAUCGUGUGCGCACCGAAGUGCUGCCAGAUUUAAUAAUACCCUCGACGCCGAUUUCCACCAAUUCCAAGAUUAUCGCCAUUAAGCCCAAGACGCAGAAGAGACGCAUUUCCAAGCGCGCCGCGGCCAAGUCGGGCGUCGAAAUCGAGCCGGAAUAUAUGCUGGGCGACAGUGGCAUCAACUCCAGUGAGUUCAUAGCCAAGUCGAGCGAGCAGCAGCAGCAGCAGCAGCAGCAGCUGGACGACGACUUGGAUCUGGACCUGGACGAUGCGGACUUCCAAGCGCUGCCAGCUGUUACACCAGCUGCAGCUCCUGCCGGCAACAGCAACAGCAACAACAACAACAACGAGUACGUCCGUCUCGACGGCUUUGCCGGCAUGCUGCAGCUGUUCUUUGGCAUCGAUAAGCCCAUCGACGUGGCCAUCUUCGCCCAGCCACCGAGUGCGGAGUUUGUCAACCUUCUCUGCGCGCUGCUCGUGUGGUCCGUGCGUUAUCCGGCCGUCUUCUGGAAUACGUCCAAAUCUUUCGCCUGCGUCUUCAGCCUGCAGAUGAUUGUCGCUGCCUUGGACGUCAUUCUCGGCUACGUGGGCGUCUCCAAUCUCUACAAGCUGCAAAUCUAUGCGGAAGCCAUGCCGGUGCAUCAGCCGGGUCUUAUACUGAAUGCCACCGUGACCCUGGCUCUCUAUCUGCUGGCCACGGCGCUCGUGCUGGCCUCCUCGAUGGUCAUGUACCUGUAUGGACACGGCAGGCUGGCCACACGCAUGCGAGACCGUUCCAUCAUCACGCUGAAGGCGAGCCAAACGUGGAUCUACUUCGCCCACUGCGCAUCCCUGUGCUUCGUCCUGGCCCUGGCUGUUGUCAAAGCCCCGCUGCUAAAUGACCUCAGCGCCACCUACAAGAACAAUCUGCAUUGUCCAACCUUCUUGGCAGCUUUGGUGGGAGUAAUCCAUUUGCUGCUGUGGAUUGUCGUCUGGCUCUGUUUGACCAUCAAGCGACGCUGGCACUUUAAGCUGCCCCCGCUGGAUCACACGUAUGGCGGUCUGCUGAACAAGGCCAGCGCCCAGCCCCUGCUCAUGUCCAGCGGUCAACGAACGGGCAGCAACUCAAGCAGCGGCGGCAACUCGACGAGCACCACGGUCAAUGGCAUGGACUGCGCCACCUCCAAGCCGGACAUGAUGAGCACGGCCACGAGCACGGAACUGGGCGUGGGCAUGAGCAUGGGCCUGGUGGCCCAGGAGGACAUCUACUGGCCGAAGCUGACGCCCAGCUCGCCGAAGCUGAAGGUCACCUUCAACGAAGUUACGAGUACGUCUGAUGAUGUCCUACUAAUUGGUGACCAAGAACAAACUGAUGGCAAGCGCCAUACGAGCCGUGGAACCUCGCUAUGUUUUGCCAGUUCUACGGGGGAAAUUGACGACGGCGAGUACGCGACAUUAAGGGCGGCUACCGCCGGCGCCGUUGUGGGCAUCACCAUGGGCAGCAUAAAGAGCACCAGCAUUGGCGUGAGCGUGGGCGUGGGCGUGGGCGUGGCAAAGGGCAGCGGCAGCGUCGCAAGCGGCCUGCUGCAUCUCAGCGAAUACGAUGAGCUGGCGCCUCCGUCAUCCGUCAGCCAGCAGCAACGCCCGCACGCCCACGACUAUGCCAAUCUGAGCGGGCUGGGCGGCGUCAGUGAUGAUAAUAUCUCCGAGGAGGGCAAGUUGUUGGCUUGUGUGCGCGACGACAGCAUUACGUAUGCAUCCACGCGCGAUCUGGAGCCGCCGCAGCCAACAACUGUGCCAGCAGCAGCAUCACCACCGCCGCCGCCCCCACCGCUGCCCGUGAAAGGUGCGCCUGUGCCACAGCCGCCCAGCGUGCAGCAUCCACAUCAUCCCAGUUACGGACGCGCCCCACAGGCCAUGCCCGAGAUCAUGCAAAUUUCACCCGAGCACAAGUCACAGCCCCAGCAACAUCAACAACAACAACAGCAGCAGCAGCAGCAGCAGCAGCAGAUGCAUCAACAACAACUACAUCAUCCUCUGCAGCAACAUCCACAUCCGCAUCCACUGCAGCAGCAACCGCAGCAACAGCAUCAUCUAGUCAACCCACUGGCCCCGGUCACCGUCGCUGUGCACACCCACGAGGCUCAAAUCGCCUCCAGCUCCACACCCCGCUGUCUGCGGCGCGCCGACUCCGGCGUGCCCAACGAGGCGCUCACGCCUCGCAGCGACACCAACUCGAUCAGCGAAAGCACCAACACCACCUCGCCUCCAGAGCGCGCUCCCUCCGAAUCCUCCAGCGGCGUGCACUCGGGCGAGGAGCGCGAACUGGAAGUCAUCAUCCGGCCGCGAGUCAGCUGCAAGGCGCCGCCACGCCCACCACAGCCGCCCAUACAGGAGGAGCCGUACGGCCGCUGCACCAACAUGCGCAUGUCCAGCUUCAACGCCGACCCAGCCGCCAGCGUCGUCAAUAGCGCCACGUUACCGCUGCAGCGCAGCGCACCUGAGCAGAAGUUCGACUACACGGCCCACUGCAGCACGAUGCCCCUGCCGGCGGGCUGUCACAGCCAGCAGCUCGCCAACUGUUACGGCAACGGCAACAACAACAACGGCGGCUAUGCCUCCACCUCGGCCAUGACCAGUUCCAUGGGCCCGCCCUCGCAGGUGUCCACCUUCAAGACGCCCAGCAUGCACUACGCCAACGCAGCCGUCGCCCUCGGCUCCUCUGUGCCCCACACGACGCUGCCCAACGGCGUGCGCUACUCCAAUCCGCACUUCCUGCGUCGACUGCCGCACGUGAGCAAAGCGGCGGAGUCGCCGUACGGACAUCUCGGCUACGGGGCAGGCCAUCACGCCUUCAGUAAGCUGUCACACGAGACGCAUCCGACCAUCCACGAGGAUCGGGACUCGGCCAACUACUCCAUGGCCUCGGACCAGGACUGCGGACUCUACGUCACGGCGCAGCUGCACUAAGCACCUAGUAUAUCAAAUCCAGCUAUAGCUCCCUAGCAUCAUAGUACCGCAUACAAGCAAGCUUAAGCAGAUAUAUAAAUAUACAUAUAUAUACAAAUGUACUUUAAUCCUAAGUGUAUAGAAGCCUCAAAUCUUAAAUCUUCCACAAGCACUCGACAACUUCAGCUGGCAUCAACACAGCUCGCUCAUUAUCAAGGACUUCCCUGCUGAGGUCUGAGCGAUCCCUGUUGAUGCUUUCUGAUUAACUAGCAGAAGUAAACCUCCAAGUUUCCCUAGAUAUUCUAUGAUUUGCCUAACAAACAUCUACCGUGUAGCAC